CGAGUACAAGGGAGUUCUGUGCCGCGCGCGCCCCGCCCCGCCCCCCCUGCGCCCUGCCCCGACAGCGGACUAGCCGGCUGGGCGGGGCGGGCGCUGACCGCCGUCUCCUUGCGUCCCUCAGGCGGGGAGCCCGCGCCACCGCGCCCGGGCCGCCGGCGAUGAUCACCUAGGAGGCUGGCGCGGGCGGGCGCGAGCGGCGGAGGAGCCGGGCGCGGCGACACGCGGCCAUGGAGCGGGAUCCGGCGGCGGCCGAGGAGCCCGGGUCCCCGGGUCGUCGUCGGCGGCGGCGGCGGCGCGGAGACGGCAGGACGCGCGUGGUGCGCUCCAACCUGCUGCCGCCCCCGGGCGUCGAGGAUCCAGCGGCUGGCGCGACCAAGGGUGCGCGGCGACGGCGGCGCGGGGGCGCCCAGCACCUGGCGGACAACCGGCUCAAGACCACCAAGUACACUCUACUGUCCUUCCUGCCCAAGAACCUGUUCGAGCAGUUCCACCGCCUGGCCAACGUGUACUUUGUCUUCAUCGCGCUGCUCAACUUCGUGCCGGCGGUGAACGCCUUCCAGCCCGGCCUGGCGCUGGCUCCCGUGCUUUUCAUCCUGGCCGUCACGGCCUUCAAGGACCUGUGGGAGGACUACAGCCGCCACCGCUCAGACCACGAGAUCAACCACCUGGGCUGCCUCGUCUUCAGCAGGGAGGAAAAACAGUAUGUGAAUCGAUUCUGGAAAGAAAUCCGAGUGGGAGAUUUUGUGCGUCUCCGCUGCAAUGAGAUCAUCCCUGCAGACAUUCUGCUGCUCUCCUCCAGUGACCCUGAUGGACUGUGCCACAUCGAGACUGCCAACCUGGAUGGAGAGACCAACCUGAAGCGAAGGCAGGUGGUCCGUGGCUUCUCAGAGCUUGUAAGUGACCUGAUACUCCCAGGGUAUCCUGGGCACCACGUCCAUAGGGUCUCCGAAUUCAAUCCACUGACGUUCACCAGCGUAAUCGAGUGUGAGAAGCCAAACAACGACCUGACUAGGUUUCGUGGUUGCAUGAUACAUGACAAUGGGAAGAAGGCCGGGCUGUAUAAAGAAAACCUGCUGCUGCGAGGGUGUACAAUCAGAAACACGGAAGCUGUUGUUGGCAUCGUCAUCUAUGCAGGCCAUGAAACCAAGGCUCUGCUGAACAACAGCGGGCCCCGUUACAAACGCAGCCAGCUUGAGAGGCAGAUGAACUGCGAUGUGCUCUGGUGUGUCCUCCUCCUCAUCUGUAUGUCUCUAUUUUCUGCGGUCGGACACGGACUGUGGGUACGGCGGUAUCAGGAGAAGAAAUCAUUAUUUGAUGUCCCUGAGUCUGACGGCAGCUCUUUAUCCCCAGUCACGGCUGCAGUCUACUCGUUUUUGACAAUGAUAAUAGUUCUGCAGGUUUUGAUCCCAAUUUCCUUAUAUGUUUCCAUUGAAAUUGUUAAAGUAUGCCAAGUGUACUUCAUUCAUCAGGAUACAGAGUUGUAUGAUGAAGAAACAGACUCACAGCUGCAGUGUCGAGCUCUGAACAUCACGGAAGACUUAGGGCAGAUACAGUAUAUCUUCUCAGAUAAAACUGGCACUUUAACUGAGAAUAAGAUGGUUUUCCGAAGAUGCACUGUGUCUGGCAUAGAAUAUUCCCAUGAUGCAAAUGCCCAGCGUCUGGCCAGGUACCAGGAAGCAGACUCAGAAGAGGAAGAGGCAGUGCCCAGAGGGGGCUCACUGCCCCAGCGUGGCAGCGUAGGGAGCCACCAGAGCAUCCGAGUCAUGCAUAGGAGCCAGAGCACCAAGUCCCAUCGGCGCACAGGCAGCCGGGCCGAGGCCAAGCGGGCCAGCAUGCUGUCCAAGCACACAGCCUUCAGUAGCCCCAUGGAGAAAGACAUUACACCUGAUCCAAAGCUGUUUGAUAAGGUGAGUGAAUGUGACAGGUGCCUGGCUAUCACAAGGCACCAGGAACACCCGCUGGCCCACCUGUCCCCGGAGCUCUCUGACGUGUUUGACUUCUUCAUUGCACUCACCAUCUGCAAUACAGUAGUAGUCACAUCCCCGGAUCAGCCACGACAAAAGGUGAGGGUGAGAUUUGAGGUGAAGUCCCCUGUGAAGACGAUAGAAGACUUCCUACGGAGGUUCUCACCGAGCCGCCUGACCUCAGGCUGCAGCAGCAUUGGGAGCCUGGCCACCAGCAAAGCCGCCCACAAGUCAGGGUCCAACUUUCUGUCCACCCUACCCAAUGACAGCACACUGUUCAAGCUGGAGGAGAGGCUAGGCCAGCCAGCUGCGGCCAUCGCCAGCAAUGGCUAUAGCAGCGGGGCUGCAAGCUGGGCCCCAGAGCACACUGCCCAGGAGCAGAAGCUAGAGCUGGAGCAGGAGCAGGAACGGGAGCUGCGCUAUGAGGCAGAGAGCCCCGACGAGGCAGCGCUUGUGUAUGCUGCCCGGGCCUACAACUGCGCGCUGGUGGACCGGCUGCAUGACCAGGUGUCCGUGGAACUGCCCCACCUGGGCAGGCUCACCUUUGAGCUCCUGCACACACUGGGUUUCGACUCCAUCCGCAAGAGAAUGUCAGUGGUGAUCCGGCAUCCACUCACCGAUGAGAUCAAUGUCUACACCAAAGGAGCUGACUCAGUGGUCAUGGACCUCUUGCUCCCCUGCUCCUCAGAUGACGCCAGAGGAAGGCAUCAAAAGAAAAUCCGAAGCAAGACUCAGAAUUACCUCAACCUGUAUGCUGUGGAAGGCCUACGCACCUUGUGCAUCGCCAAGAGGGUUCUGAGUGAAGAAGAGUAUGCCUGUUGGUUGCAAAGCCACUUAGAAGCAGAAUCUUCCCUGGACAACCGCGAAGAGCUGCUUUUCCAGUCUGCCAUUCGCCUGGAAACGAAUUUGCAUCUGUUGGGUGCCACUGGGAUUGAAGAUCGCCUGCAAGAUGGAGUCCCAGAAACCAUUGCUAAAUUGCGUCAAGCAGGCCUGCAGAUUUGGGUUCUCACUGGUGACAAACAAGAAACAGCCAUUAACAUUGCCUAUGCCUGCAAACUGCUGGACCAUGACGAGGAAGUCAUCACCCUGAAUGCUGAGUCCCAGGAGGCCUGUGCGGCCUUGCUAGACCAGUGUCUACACUACGUGCAGUCCAGGAUCCCCUGCAACACCCCUGAGAAGACUGCAGGCAACGUGAGCGUGGGGUUCUCCCCUGUCUGCCAACCUUCCACAUCCACCACCUCUGGCCCCAGCCUGAGCCUCGUGAUCGAUGGGAGAAGUCUGGCCUAUGCCCUUGAGAAAAACCUAGAAGACAAAUUUCUCUUUCUCGCUAAGCAGUGCCGUUCAGUCCUUUGCUGUCGCUCGACACCUCUGCAGAAGAGUAUGGUGGUGAAACUAGUCAGAAGCAAGCUCAAGGCCAUGACCCUGGCCAUAGGAGAUGGAGCCAAUGAUGUCAGCAUGAUCCAGGUGGCAGAUGUGGGUGUGGGAAUCUCGGGCCAGGAGGGCAUGCAGGCAGUGAUGGCCAGUGACUUUGCAGUGCCAAGAUUUCGAUACCUCGAGAGACUCUUAAUUGUUCACGGACAUUGGUGCUAUUCCCGACUUGCCAACAUGGUGCUGUAUUUCUUCUACAAAAAUACAAUGUUCGUGGGCCUCCUGUUUUGGUUCCAGUUUUACUGUGGCUUCUCUGCAUCUGCCAUGAUUGACCAGUGGUAUCUGAUCUUCUUUAAUCUGCUCUUCUCGUCACUUCCCCAGCUCGUGACUGGGGUGCUGGACAAGGACGUGCCAGCUGAAGUGCUGCUGACUGAACCACAGCUCUACAAGAGUGGCCAGAACAUGGAGGAGUAUCGGCCACGCACGUUCUGGUUAAACAUGGCUGAUGCUGCCUUCCAGAGCCUGGUUUGCUUUUUCAUUCCUUACCUGGCCUACUAUGACUCAGACACAGAUGUAUUUACCUGGGGAACCCCCAUCACGGCCAUCGCGCUGUUCACCUUCCUUCUGCACCUGGGUAUUGAAACCAAGACCUGGACCUGGCUCAACUGGAUAGCUUGCGGCUUCAGUAUCCUUCUGUUUUUCACUGUGGCUUUGAUUUACAAUGCUUCUUGUGAAACGUGUUAUCCUCCGUCCAACCCUUAUUGGACUAUGCAGACAUUACUGGGCGACCCUGUAUUCUAUUUGACUUGUCUCAUAGCACCUGUUGCUGCACUGCUUCCCAGAUUGUUUUUCAAAGCCCUGCAGGGGAGUCUUUUCCCCACCCAACUUCAGCGGGGGCGCCAACUGGCCAAGAGGCGCCCCAAGAAACUCAUUGCUCCCAAAGAGAACUUUGCUCAGGGACACCCUUCAGAAGAACCCAGAACUGAGUCAUCAGAACAGAAGAGCAUCAGUACCUCUGGACCCCUAUCCCAGGAUUGCACCUCACAGGCGUCAUGGCACAUACAACAACCAGCCUGCUCCCCAGAGGCUAGUGGAGAGCCCAAUGUGGUGGACAUGAAUGUACCUUUAAGGGAAGACAUUCUGCUGGAGGGACUGAGCAGUCAGGCCCCGGGGUCCUCCAUGCCAAGGGAGCCUAUCCUGGAAGGAUGUCCUGGGGACUCCAAGAUGAAACCCACCCAUACCAGCAGGGCAGCGCCCCUGUCAUCCAUUUUCAACCUGCCUAACUUCAGCUCCCUCAACUGGAUUUCCUCUCUCUCACUGGUCAGUGGGCUGGGAAGUGUCUUACAGUUCUCUCGAAGUAGUUUACAGAUGGACAAACAGGACAGCGAGUUCUUGCCCAGCCCACCUCAGCCAGACCAGGAUCUGUGUGGCUUAAGCAGGCAGACCACUGACUACUUCUAGGAACAUCUUCCAGAGACUGCAGUGGAUAGCUGUAGCAGUGAAAACCUUGAAAUGGCCUCUUUUUUUUUUUUUUUUAUAACUUAGAUGUUAUAUUAUUUAUGUUUAUUAUUUGCACAGAAGAGUUCUAGUGAGAUGUAUUUUAUGUUUCCAAGGCUAACACAGGAAAUGAAAGGUACCAAAAAAGAAAGUUUAUUUUUUAAAAGUUCUAAGUAGAAUAUAUUGAAAAGAAAAAUGAGAGCUUUAACAUUUAUAAAAGUUUAAAGAAGAGUAACACUUGAAAAGUGUGUUUAGAUUUAUUUUUUCAUCUCAUUUUAUAAGAAAAUGCAAUAUGAUUGAUAUUCUCCAACAUGAAUGACCUUUGCUUUCCCCAUGUGAAAAUGUGUGUAUGAGCUCAGUGAAUCCCAGUGGGUGUGGACAGCAGUGAGGGGAGAUGACAGGGCAAGAAUGCAACUUCUCGGUCCUUGUCCCCUGUUCUCCCACACUGCCUCCACCAGCCUGGGAGAGCUUGGCUCUGUUUCACCCAGAAAAGGGAAGGAAGGAAUGCACGCAAGGAGUUCAUCCCAAUGUUGAAAUCUAUGCAGGCAUUCUAUAAAGAUCACCUUGUAGGUAUUACGGUCCCUAUGUAGGGUCUUGCCUGUCAAAAUCAUAACAAACAAUAAACAACCUUCACUUUGCAAAGAGAA